GUUGUGAAGUUUGUAGGUUGUUCAGUUCAGUUGUUGAGUUGUCUUUCACAACGUCCGUGGGUUUAUCAGUUUUGUUCCGCGUGUGACGAGGAUUCGAUGGGUGUGGACCCAAAUAAGUGCUUGUCAAUGUUGUGAAUUAUUGUAAGACUACUUCAGGAGAAUGCCAGGGGAGAAGGAGAAGAACGGGACCAAGAAGGGGGGAGUGAUGACUCCAAUCUCCUCUCCCAGACCACUGAAGAUCACAGCGGUAGGGGAUGGUAUGGUGGGCAAGACUUGUAUGUUGAUAACCUACACUUCCCAACAGUUCCCCUCCGAGUAUGUGCCUACUGUGUUCGACAACUACGCAGACAUCAUCAAUGUCGACGGACAGGAGUUUGCCAUGACGCUGUGGGAUACGGCUGGUCAGGAAGACUAUGAGAGGCUAAGGCCACUCUCCUACCCCAAUACAGAUUGUUUUCUUCUAUGCUACUCAGUAGGAGCGAGAAGCUCGUUUGAGAAUGUCCUCAGCAAAUGGUACCCAGAAAUCCGACACCACUGCGCAAACGUGCCAAUAGUACUUGUCGCAACAAAAACGGAUUUGAGGAACGAAGAUGGCGACACAAUCUCAACCUCUGAGGGGAAGAAGAUGAGGAGGAAAAUAAAAGCAACAAGACUGGUGGAGUGUUCGGCAAAAAACAAUGAAGGACUUAACGAAAUCUUUAUUGAUGCUGUGAGAAGUGUAGUGAACAAAAACAAACGGAAAUCGUACUGCUCGUACCUGUAGCCAUAGUGCCCGCUUUGUAACAUACUUCAUAAUAUUGUUAGGAUUAAUGUUAUUUAUAUAUUUGCUUUAUUGUGCCAACUUGUUUUGACCAAAAGAUCAUCAAUGACGUAUACGCUUGUAUGAACGAACUAAGAAAUAUAAUCUUGUACAGUAGGCCUACUAUUCUCUGCAUGCUGUUUCACUUUAAACAUGUUGUUGAGUGGACUUAGAGGUUAUUUAUUAAUACGUUAGGUACAACCAUGUUUACAAAAUCUAUGUUUCAGUAUUUAUACUAUGAGAUGAAUCAAUGAUAAAUGUUCACUUACUUUGGAUACAUGAGGCACUAACUUUGAGUUUGAGAAAGUCAAAGCCCAUCAAUUAAAAUUGUUCAAAAUAAUGACUGAUUCAAUAUGUAACAUUAGAUAACUGUACCAGACACAUCUCUAAUUUGUAACCUACAAAUUAUCCCUUUUGUAAAUUAUUGUAAUUUAUGUCUUGUGCCUCUCUUUAAGUGUUUUUUUUUAUGUUUUAAAAGUAUUUUAGUGAAAAACUGUACUAAGUAGUAUUGGUUUUGCUCUUAAGUCUGAAAAAAAUCCCCCACGGUUUCAUAUGUUUACUCCUCAAACUUAAAUGAUUUUUAGCUGUCAAACUAAUUGAAAUCCGAAGUUAGGAUAUUUUAAUUUGUUGGACAAACAUUGUUAAAUUGAAGUAUGUAAUUUACAAUUAAUUGUAAAAGGAAUUCCAUACCUUAUAGUUUUAGAUGUUUUUAGCUCAUGUCCUACAUUGGCUAGCAGCUUUUAAUUAAGAUUUUUGGUUAAAUAAACUAUUUCUACAGUCACAUAUUUUGUAUAUUGUAAUGCAGCACAGAGGAAACAUUCAAUAUUUCACCUUAAGUGGUGUCUAGUCGCUGGUAUCUAGGGCAAAUUCCAACACCGCCCCCCUCCCCCUCACGUACUACAACGUACACACUGGAGGAAGAUCUUGCUUACCGUGCAAUAGGCUUUUUUGGACAGUGCUCGCCACUUGAGCCCUUCCUUGCUCUUCAAAAGUUUAUUUCCGGCACAACAUACUAGAGCUGAAAGUGCACGCUGGUCCCACAGUGUGUUUCCUCUAUACUACACUUCUCUGUUAAUGCAGGCUUAUAAAGUGAAUAAUAGUGUGUUAUUUAAUAAGAUGUACACUAGUUGUUCGUAAGAUAUGUUUUAAAAAUGUGAACGGUUUUGAAUAUGGAUAGCUGGUGUUUGAAAAAAAGGAGUAAUUUUUUUGUACAGUUUUACAAGUUAAAAUUUAUACAUUUUUGUAAACGUUGAGUUAUCUAUAGGUGAAUUUUAAACCCAAAGACGCAAUGCCAAACUGAUUUAAUGGAGACAUUUAGUAAUAACUGAAUAGUUUUUACUAACUAUUUAGGUAAUAACCUGACUAACUGGUUAUAUUUAUUUACCUGUAAUUAGAAAUAUUUAUUCUAGUUUUAUUUAAUUAAGAUUGCAAGUAUAAAGUAAUCAGUAUUGUAAAGUUAUUUUCCAGAAUGAAGUUUCAAGUUUUAUAUAUAAUAUACUGUAUGGUAUUAUUUUUACAAAUAUUACUAUUAACUUAAUUUUAGAGAGCAUCAGAACAUAUUUGACAACUGUUCAAGCCAUAUAGUAGUUAUUUCUCCUUUAUUGUAGUUUUGAUACAGAUUUUGUUAGCACUUGUACAUAUAUUUAUGUAAGCCUAAUUUUGUUACUUAUAAAUCUGUACCUUACUGCGCUGAAAAAAGUAAUUUUAAUAAAGUUUGUAUGUUUG